AUGCUAACAGUUGGUCUGGUUCAUCGCAGUUGUCUAGAGCAUUGGGAGGCCUGCUUAGAGAUGCAGACUCGGGCUCUAACUAAAGCUUCUGCUGACCUUCCGAAUGCAUCUGCUGCACUACAAGUCUCAUUGAACGGACUCCUCAGACUGUCAGAGUGCCCCAGAUGUAACAAUCAGACGCUCUGGCGAGUGGAGGUCAACCAGGUGACAGGUUAG